AGAAUACGACGAUGCCAACCGUGGUUGUGUCAGAAGUACUGCGCCGCAAAGCGACAUAUUCGUCUCCACUAUAUCGCGUACGAGCUACGAGAUUGCGUUUUUACAAUGAAAACAGAGGGUAAAACAGAAAGACUUUCCUUUUAAACUUUUCGUUGUUCAAAUAUCCAGUCAUUCGAAAUGAAAUUCCCAGCUCUCUCUAAUUUCCUUGCGCUCCUCGUCACAACGUCGACUGCAGUAAAGACAUCAAUCUUCAUUGACCAAAUCCCUAAUUAUUCUCUGCUCCCAUCAUGUGCUGAGGAUCGCGUUUCAGCAAUUAUUCGUGCUCAAGCUUCAGGAUGUGGCGAUGACCAGCAGCUCACCAGCUUUAGCUGUUUCUGUGUUGAUAUGUCAACGUACGUAACCACUAUGCGUUCUAGAUCUUGAAAUGUCCAAAGCUAACAGACCCAAGAUAUUAUGCCAGUGUAAUUUCAACGGCGGUUCAAUCUUGGUGUGCAAUAAAUGCAACGGCGACAGUGGCGCCCGAAAGUCUCACAGCACAAGCUACCCUUACAACACCAUUACCGGAAGUUGGAUCUGCACUCAGUGUCUUCAGCAGUUAUUGCGCUAAGACCACAGAGCUAUCGUUGUGUAUGAUCCGCCUUCCUUAUAAUCGCUAUUCGUAUUGUUAAUCUAUAAUCAGACCAAGGAAGCAAACCGAGUGCAACAGGUCAAGUGACUUUGACAAUCACUGCAGCACCGUCCGUCACUGCCGCGACAGUGCUUCCUACCACAUCGGCCUCCAGCGGAUCAGUUGUACCGCUCGCAGCCAUCGUUGCUCCAAUUGUAAUUGGAGUUCUUGCCAUCGCUGGAGUUAUUGGGAUGUUCUUUUGGCUAAGAAAAAUAGUUUUGCAAAAACCCCAAGUCGAUGCUUCCAGUAGAGAGCCAGAACCAGAAACCAAGGCUUAUAAGGUCUCAAGUCCACCGUCUGAAGUCUCUAGAGACAGUAUAGAGGUGGUAAGUCCGGUGCAUGAAGUAGUUGGAGACUUGAAUUCGAGGGAAGUAGAUGGUGGGAGUGUAAAGUACGAGCUAGAGAGUGCGCCUGCAGAAUUGGCAGACACAAGGCGCUAAAAUAUUUUUGUGGGCAGUCUACCUUUCCAACAUAGGACGUUACAAUGACAAUAGAAGCAAGGAUAAAUCCACGAGUCUUUAUAUUUGCAUGCUCUCCAGUGAGGUGCGGAUUCACUGGAUAACGAGUGUUGCGUUGAUUGGGGAGGGAAGCGAAGCAACGCUAAUGGACUUUUCUGUUCUUCCAUUUCUGAAACUUGGGCUUCGGCUGCCUCUCAUUCUGUGAAAAUAUUUUUUCUUACACUCGUUAGUCCUUGACCUUCUUCCCUCUACUAAUGCUUCGGUCGUGGUUGUUGGGGAAAUCAUCAGCUAUUUGGGGCGAUCCUGUUCGGUUGUGAACGCUCUUGAACUUAUUUCCAACAUCAUUCCAGUAGUCUAUUCAGCAGUACUCAAAAGUCUUGUUUGUGUGUAAAAGUUACGAUUCCAAUACA